AUGUCUUGGGUAUUUAGUGCCAAUGUUUGUGCAAAUAGCGGCGAAGUUGCAGCUAUGGUUAGAGAGACAUUUGCGAAUGCAUUUACAAAUGAAAUGCUUAGCAAUGAUGAGACUAGUCAUAAAAAUGCUAUCAUAAUCAUCGUGAUCGUGGCAUUCGGUGGUCUUUUCUUCCUUGCAUUCCUUUUGAUUGCUCUCUGUUGCUUUGGCAAGAAGAUCUGGAAGAAGAAGAAGACUAUUCAAGAAACCGAUAUUGUACGUGUCGACGAACAUAUGAGGAUCAAGGAGGCUGCUGUACAAGGUCCGCAUGGAGCAGAAGCUGUGGUGCUAUCAAUGGAGGAUGAUGUUCAUGUUGAAGAAGAGAUUAGGAAGAAUGAGAAGGUUGGUGCAGGUACGCAUGCAAAAUCUGCAGAAAUCACUCCUAAGGCUCUUGAGGAGGGAGAGUCAUCUUCCAUUUCUGGUCAUAAGCAUCCUGAGCACAAGCUUUGA